AUGGCGGCUCCCCAGGAUGUCCACGUCCGUAUCUGUAACCAAGAGAUUGUCAAAUUUGACCUGGAGGUGAAGGCGCUUAUCCAGGAUAUUCGGGAUUGUUCAGGACCAUUAAGUGCACUUACUGAACUGAAUACUAAAGUGAAAGAGAAGUUUCAGCAACUGCGGCACAGAAUACAGGAGCUUGAGCAGUCAGCUAAAGAGCAAGACAAAGAGUCAGAGAAGCAGGUUCUGCUCCAGGAAGUGGAGAAUCACAAGAAGCAGAUGCUCAGCAAUCAGACCUCAUGGAGGAAGGCUAAUCUCACUUGCAAAAUUGCUAUCGACAAUCUAGAGAAAGCAGAACUUCUCCAGGGAGGAGACCUCUUAAGGCAAAGGAAAACCACCAAAGAGAGCCUGGCCCAGACGUCCAGUUCCAUUACGGAGAGCCUCAUGGGGAUCAGCAGGAUGAUGUCCCAGCAGGUUCAGCAGAGCGAGGAAGCCAUGCAGACGCUAGCCAAUUCUUCCCGGACUAUCCUGGAUGCAAAUGAAGAGUUUAAGUCCAUGUCAGGGACCAUCCAGUUGGGACGGAAGCUUAUCACAAAAUAUAAUCGCCGAGAGCUGACGGACAAACUUCUCAUUUUCCUUGCCCUGGCCCUUUUCCUCGCUACGGUCCUCUAUAUUAUAAAAAAGCGGCUCUUUCCAUUUUUGUAA